GUUCUUCGGUCGGAUGGAGUGCUUGAGUUUAGCUGCUUUGAACAGUACUUCACAGCUGUGUAUCAGACUGAUGUGGGAAAAACCAUCCAAAGUGAUGCUGGCCUUGGACGUUAGUGAAGCAAGCACAGCACCUGCUGGCAAGAUGGCGAUCGACAUCAUUAGUUUUGCUUAUGCUGCGACUAUUGCCGCUGGCGGAGUCUUAGGAUAUGUUAAAGCAGGGAGCAUGCCCUCUCUGGCAAUGGGUGUGGCCUGUGGAGCAGUGAUGGGAGUUGGAGCCUACCAGACAACAAAUGAUCCUAAAAAUGUGUCCUUAUCCCUUGCCACAAGUGCGCUAUUGACGGGCGUCAUGGGCUACAGGUUUAUCAGCUCGGGCAAGUUCAUGCCAGCAGGGAUGGUAGCAUCUUUGAGUUUAUUAAUGCUGAUGAGGUACGGGUAUCGACUAACUCAGUGAGCUGUCAGGGACCUCGAAGUGGAAACAUCAUCGCUUCAUCAUCAACCUCCAUGAAAUGUCAUUGUCUGUGACAAUAAACAGUAGAUUAUAUUUUUCAGUCAAUAGGACUUGACUGUUUUUAGACUAAUUUGCUCUCUUUUUAUUACACCAUCAAAAUGCCUUUUGCCAAAUUUCCUUUCUCUGUAGAAGAAUGUCUUACCCGGUACUCUCUAGUUUUUGUUUUGCAACAACCGUGAACCGCAAGGCAAGACAACUGUAGUCCUGUUUCUGUAUCUCUAUAAUAGAUAAUUUAAAACAUCUUAUAACCUUCUGUGUCAAGAUGGGUCAGAGUCGGCCACUCAUGUUGCUGUCAUUCUGUACAGAGUAGUGGCCCUUAGUCAUGCCUGGAUCUGCAGUAUGGGUUCCAAUCCCAGAUGAGACCUGAUUAUAAUUAUUGAUUGUCAGCCUGCUGCGAUAUUUUUGGAAUAUUGCUGAAAGCAGCGUAAAACAAUAUUCACUCACUCUUGGUUGUCAGUACUGUACACAACUUCACCAAAGAGGUACACGUUGCAUUAUUUCGGGCAGUGCUCCCACAUCAAGAUGACACGCCAUGAUACAACUGAAAUACUGUUCAAAGCGGCAUGAAACACAACUAACUCAUGCCAAAAGGCAUCAAAAAGAUAAGAUUGCCAAUAUUAUCCCAUCAAUCAAAUCUCAUCACAUUCCUUUGUCAAUGAGGGUUCACUUGGCCCAUGCCCUGGUGCUUGAUGAGACAUUAGGCCAUGAAAGUAGUAAUAUCUUCAGGGGCUUAUUUGCAGAAUGACUAGGUCACCAUGCAUCUUUUGUUUUACUGAGAAAGAGGCAGAUCACAGAUUUUGAUAGAGAUUAUGUAUGUUAAAGAAAUGGUUUGUAGGGUUGUGUAUUGGUAAACAAAUUGUAUUGCAAAAUAUACGUUGCCUGUGUCUAUAUUGCGAUACAUCGUAUGAUAUAUUGGUAGCUAAAGUGUUUGACAGUGAUUUACACUGACUGUCCAUUCAGAUACUAUUUUCUACAUAGUAAUGUAAAUUUUACUCAGCAUGGUCAGUUGCCGCCAUUUUGUAGUUAUGGAUACAGGGGAGAUAAAGACAAAAAAAUCAUUUCUGUGUUUCCGGGAUUUUUUCAAUUGAUUUUGAAAGGAAACCUCGUUUGUGAAUAAAUUUCUGUGCAGAUUUUAGGUUAAGUGAUACAAAUAACAAAAAUUGUUGUGUUGUUUUUACCCAAUAUGCUGGAACACAGAAAAGGAUAUUGUAAUGUGUAUAUUGCAGCAUACCAGUAAUACCAUGAAGUCCUAAUGGUUUAAAUAAUUGUUUAUGAAAGAAAUGUCCAGUGAUGGACCUUAUUUGUAUAUUGUUGUGAUUAAAUACAGUGUUAAUUUCGUACAGAUGGUGAUGGUUUCUGUGGUACCUUCAUCUCACAUUUGUGUGCAGUUGAAAUGUGUAUGCAAGUGUAGAAAUAAUAAAGAUUUGUAAAAAAUGUGA